UGUUCUGUAGUCUUGUUUUGUGCAUUCUUAAUCUUUAGCACACAGAAGCCACCCUUUGGUUAAUAAGUAAAAUAUGGCAGCUCUGAAACUUAGCCUCUUCUUCCUCGUUCUCCUUCAAGCAAUUUGCUUUCUUCCUCAUCGGGUUCACUGCGGUGAUGAGGAGGAUAUCCUCCAAGGACUCAACAGUUACAGGACAUUAAUACGUGAACCACACCUCACAGAGAACAAAAAUGCAAAGUGUGUGGCUGAAAAAAUUGCAGAAGAUUUAGAGGACUAUAAAUGCAACUCAACCAACGGUGUAAACACACCAGUAUCCACUCAGCAGCAGUUUGCCACCGAGAAAAUUAUAAAAAAGUGCAAAAUCCUCCCGGAAUCCACCAAAGAAGGAGUUAUACUAUCAGUUUGUGUGCACAAAUUGGUGCCAUCUCUUGUGUUCACAAACUUCACAUACACUUAUAAGUAUACCAAGUUUUUGAAGAGUUCCAAUUACACGGGAGCCGGGCUCGGCUGCUCUGACGACUGGAUGGUGCUCGUGCUAACGACGAACACCGUCGGAGGGAACUUCACGACCAGCGGGGCUAUUUCUUUCGGGUUGAGGAAGAUCAAUGGUUUGAGUUAUAAUGUGGUGGGGUUGGUGGUGGCAUUGCUUGUUUAUUUGGUGUUUUGAUGAGUGAUUAAUAUUUAUAUGGUUUUUGUUUGUUGUAUUAAUUCGUUGGUUUGUUUUGGGCUUGGGUGUGUGAAUAUUAAUUGUUCUGGGUUUUGGGUCAUUGUGUUGAAGAAGGAUUGUAAUUUGUUUGUGUCAAAUAAAAAUUAACCUCAUCAAAUGUUCAUUCACUUUGUAAUAAGAUUAUGGCAAUGCUCAUACAAAAAAUUUUUUUUAUAAUAAA